CUGGUUUGGCAUGAGUGGUCCCUGCGAUGAGAUGGCAGAGAAACGAAAGCUUCGAGCACCCCCUACGACGCGGACGCGAAAAUCCGACGCGACCACCCCACAACGCCAGGUCCCCGCGAAAAGAAAAGCUUCGGCGACGCCAGCUCCAAAGCUCCCUGAAGCAGUCGAAGAGGAGCCUCUCCCCACAAAGAUCAAGGAAGGAAACCCACUGCCAACCCUCGCUAAAGUACAGCCGGGGAACCUGUCAUUGCGGGAUUAUCAGCCCUAUGAUGAAAGCGCUGUGGUCGUUGCCGCUCUUCGACGGUCGCAGACAAGAUGGCUCCACGAGUGUAUUUUCGAAAAAUACUGGACAAAGCCGUCCAGAAAGAAAGGCCAGCCGCAGCCCGCAACUCCAAAUCCUCCGAAGGAAUCCAUGACCAAAUUGGGCCCGUGUACAAUUGUGAUUGAACCUCACCAUUUCGACGUUAUGCUUUAUACCGUGCGCAAUCCGCAAUCCCAACAACAAACGCCACACCCUCCUCCUCCUCCUUCUCAAAAGCCUCUGAUCCAUGUUCAAUACACUGCGCCAAGCAACUCGAAUACCUUCCACCAAUAUCAACCUCCUCCGCCAGCAAACCAGUCCCGGCAGUCUCCUCAGGUCCCGCAAAACUCCCAUAUGCCGGCUUUACAUAGUCCCCAAGUGUCACAACCAGCACCCAAAACCACAUUUGCACCACCCUCACAACCCAUCCAGCCAGCACAGCAGAGCGCCGGACAGACGUAUCAAAGUAAUCAUUUUGGACCACUCUCUAGCUCUCCUUCGGAAACACCUUCUAGACCGCUUACUUCGCAUGGCGAAUCGCAACCCAGUCCCCCACCUCAGAAGCCUCCAGAUCCGCCCCCACAGCCCCCGAAAGGCAGCGCGGAUCCAGUCAUACAAAUGUUGGCUACAAGAGCUGCAGUGAAUCCUGAGCUAAAGGCGCUCAUGCGGGUUGUUGCCUCGAGUGAAGCGUCGCAAGAGCAGUUGCGUGCCUUUCAAGCUCAUAUUGACGAGCUCAAUGCGAUCAUCGCCAGCCGAAACCAGCAAGAAUCCCGGAUCAAUUCUCCACAGACUAAUUCGCCCUAUCAUCCUAAAUCUACUUCCAUGUCUCCUGUGCCGCCUGGACCUUCCGGCCCGCCGGCGGCUAGCAGGCCCGGAGCAAAACCACUUAUCUUUCAGCCACAAUCCCAUCACCCUCCUCCGACCCAGUAUUACAGUCCUUCUAACCAUCAGCCAUCUUGCUCUUCACCGUCUACUCCGCCGAUACGAUCCAAAUUCCCGCAGCAACCUCCACCAAAAACCUACCUUCAUCAACAAAGGCCACCGCCACAACUCCAGCCCGCUAGACAGGAUAUUAAAGCUGUGGUUUUUGAAUUCAUUACUCCUCCAGGCCCUGGGCUUGCUGCUUCAGGAGAUCGAUAUCUUCUUCCCGAAAAUAUGAUUAUCGAUUAUAUACCGCCAGGGACGCAGAUACACCUUCCUCGACAAAUACCAAAUCAAAAGCGAAAAAAACCAAAAUCACGUCAACACCCGACGGCACUCCCAAGGCCGGGACACCUUCAAAUGCCAUGA